AUGAGUUCCAAUGUGUUAUUUAUUGUCGUCUAUGGAAAAGUGCAGGUGCUCUUGGAUUUUAUGAAUAUCAAGGAAUUUCAUCAAGUUUGUGCCAUCAAGUCCUCAGCGGAUUUUUUUGCCAUUCACGUUGAGUUUUUUAAUUUGCAGAAAUUGCUGACGCUUCAUCCACCUCUAUUCUCCCCCGAUUCACUAACGGUCAAUGAAAGUGGGACAUUAUUAGCCUUGGCUGGACCAAAUGGUGUUCUAGUGGUGCAGUUGCCUCCCAGGUGUCCUCCUUAUGGAGCCUUCGAAAGCAACAAGGAGCUAAUCUAUUGCAGGAGUUACAGUUUGGAUGAGCGCCUGUUAACAUGCAACGAUACGAUACAAGUUAGACGAGUUAAAUUUCAUCCUGGAAGCAUUACGGACACCCACAUUUUGGUUUUAACUUCGGAUAACACUCUCAGACUCUAUCAAAUCGAAAAUAAUGAAGCUUUCAGCGUAGGAACGUAUCCAAUAGGAGAAAGUCCAGGUGGGCUGUUUCCCGGCAGUAAAAUCUCAUUCUUGGAUAUAUAUGGGGAAAUUGCUGUGGAUUUUGAUUUUGGCUUUCCCGAAAUCGUCGAAGAAGCCGCCAUUUGGGAAAGUUUGAAAAAAAUGAAUAUCAGCCAAAGCGAAAAAGGCGACCGGUUUAAAAAUGGGUUUAAGUCCAAAUAUGGAACGAAAGUAACUGCAAAACCGUAUGAAAAACCGCAGAAUAACACAAAUGCCGAUCAACUGAAAGAACUCGUCUGGCCUGUCUACAUUUUAAGGGGCGAUUUUUCAGUUUUCAGCAUCAACAUUGAUCUGAAAAAACGCAUUAGAGCAGUUCUUAGAGGCCCAUUUCCGACCUCUCAGCUGCCAAGCAUGGUUGAGAACGAAGCGUGCUCUAUUAUCGCUCUAAAAACCGUUCCUGAAAUGCUAUGCAUUGCCGGCUCUAAUGGAAUUCUCACUCACGGUGUACUACUCAAUAUUGAUGAAACAGAGCAAGAACAGCUCAAAGCAAAAUCCCCAGCAAACGCCCCGGAAAAGGAACUUCUAGUGUUUGAAACUGUCGAGUUGGAACUUGGACUGACCAUAGCGCAAGAAAGCGAACAUGAAGAGCUCGUUAAAUACAAAUGUCCGAUUUUCCUGCGAAAAGACGACUCAAAAGCUUCCAGAUAUUUUGCAACGCACAGUGCAGGUGUGCACACGAUUAACUUAAAUUGCGUCGAUGACUUGCACAGUUUUGUCUUCGGACCCGAAGAUGCGAAGCCAUCGUCUGACAUAUUCAUGCAUCCCACUUCCGCAGAGUAUUUGGUGUGUACCAAAGUUUUGAACAGUGAAAAAUCGAACACAGUAAUAGGAUUUGCGCUAUAUUACGAGCCCACGUCGAUCAUCGCUAUUUUGAGCGAUGGCAGUGUGGUCACUUUGGGCAUUUUGGCCGAAACUAUUGCCCCUAAGGACCAAAGUAUGAUCAAAUCUGAAUUGGAAGAUUCACAAAUUUGUUCCCCAUUGAAAAAGAUGUUAAACGAGCCAUUUGACCAGUAUAUCCAGAAAAUCUUAAAGAAAGGAUCGAGUAGACCGUUGUUGAAAAUAUCUACUUCUUCCAAUCACCCACCUGAAGAAUGCUUCGAUUUGUUACAACGUGCAGCAGCGAUGUUUCGUGAAGAACACGUUAAAAAUCUGGGAAAAGCCAAAGAGGAAUUGGAAAAACGAAUGCAUACUCUCAGGCUAUUGAAGCAAGCUCAGAAACAGCAAAUUGAAGAAAUGAACGUUACUAAGGACGAGCUGAGGGAAAAAGCCGAAAAUCUGGCAGAGAAAUAUGAAGAUAUUAACGACAAGCAGGAAAUGUUGUUAAAAAAGUGCGAGAAUCUUAUAAUGUUGGUAUCGAGGAAAAGAACGGAACCGUCAGAUGCAGAAAGCAAAUUUUUGAGAGAUUUGGAAGAGUACAAUAAUAGAUGUGCUUCCUUUCAAACCGUUAUCGAUAAAGUGAAAAAUAAAACUAAAUAUCAACAAAUUCAAAUACAAAAUUGGAAAUCUCGAGAAAACAAAAAAAUUCCUGCCAUCGGCGAGAUGCAAGCAAACACAAUUAAAGAAAGCGUCCGUGAAUCUACGAGCAAAAUCAACGAAAUGGUAAAGCAGGUAAAUGAAUAUAAAGCUCUGUUAAGUUUGAAAUAAAAAUGAGUUAAAUUUGGUAUCAAUAAAAUAUGUUUUGCACUUGCCUCAAAUGCUGAUAUAAUGAUUUAUUUUAACAGCUAAAUAUAAAAUACAAGUGUAGGGUG